AUGAUCCGAUACAAGCCCACUCGGAUAACCCUCGGAGACGGAGACCUACGCUGUCACCUCCAGCGGCUUCUCAACCGCCAUAGUCGCCUGGCGGAAUGGCACCAACACGAUCAAUUUCUGAAUGACAGCAGCUUUGAUGAUGGCGAGGACGAUGCCUUUCUUGAGUCUGACUCGGACCUCUUCUCCGCACCGUCCGUGUCGCCGCCAGAUUCUAUCUGUUAUUCGGCUCCAGACGAGGCUCUUGAAGACGGCUCGUCGCCGCGUGGCAGAGGAGGAGGAGACCAUAACACCAGGACUGAGUGCCCACCAGGGGCGUCCACUGCCCCUUCGUCGACGAAAGACACAGGCUCGCCGGUCAUUGUUCAGCCAUCCACUUUGUCAUUAGAGACGGCAAGGUCGGCUGAGAAAAAUGUGGAUGUGCACGUGGAUCUGAAUCGGACCCAUACGGCCCUGGACGCAGCAGACGAAGAACGUGGCACAAAAUCUGAUAUCGAGAAUCACUCACGUUCCUUGGUAACAAUUCAACCGGGACGAAGCACAAAGCCCAUCUCAUCUUCUCUGACAGACAAAGAGGAAUUCAGAAGCACAUCGAUCACAGACACAAUGGUCGAUGGUGGCAAGACCAGGUUGCGAUCCUCAAAAAGACCAACACGCGGCCAGCGGGCCAGUAACCGCUUGGGUGAUGCUGUGCCAAGCUGUGACAGUUGCGCGCUGGGAGCCCACAAUCCCACACCUCUAGAUGAUGAGGCAACUUCCGUCACUGAAUCGCAGCAUGGUUCUCGACCUUAUUCUCGAUCGACAGAAGCACGCUUGCACGGUUGUCCGGUUGACAAUGGUGGCCCUAAGAACACCCAGCGUCCAACCAAGCUGGUGAAACUGAAAGGAAUCAACCUUGCUGUUAUUGACAAGCUGUCACCCAGUGCCCAGACUGACAUAAGCCAAUCGCUCCGAGUGCCAGACCGAGAUACUGGAACCGGUUCCUGCCAGGGCUACGGGGAUCCACCCAGAACCAUUGCCGGCAAAGAUGAGUUCCGUCAGGAAAAUCAGCCACCAAGGUCUGCAUUCGCGACGCCCACAGCACUUGCUCAAUCAUUGGCCCUUUCUGGCAAUGGGAAGUCACAUACCCUGAUGCAACCAAUGAGUGCGAGAAUGUCUGCCACACAAGCCCACCCUUGCGAGGAAGAGGAAGAUCAUCGGGAAGCGGCCCUCCACUCGAUUGAGGUGGAGGCAGCAAAUUUCGAAAAGUACGUCAACAUGGCGAUGUACCAGAUGCUCGCGAGCUCAGAGUCAGAGGAAUUCAGAGAUUUGGUGGAGUGA